AGGAGUGAUGAAAAUUAUGGCACCAAAUUUUCCAUCAUCCGCAGUUUCUGAUGGCUGGAUAGGCUUGGAUAUUGGUCCCGACAGUAUCAAUGGGGUGGAGGUGGAAUGGGAGGGGCACAUCGGCCGAUCUGGAUACUCGAUUUUUGAACAAGUAGGCAAAGCUGCUCAUGUCUCAGAAAUUUUCACAGGAAUUAGAUCGCCCGGAUAUUUCCCAAACGCAGGAAAGUGUUGUUACGGUCAUCUAGAAGAAGUAGAGAAAAAAGGCGGUGGAAAUUGGCAGUCGAGUGACACAAGGGAAUUGUUAUAUAGUUUCCACAGAGAUCAUUCAUGCAUAAGUGUGUGGUGCACUUCAUACCUCAAAAUAAGCAGAUUACAUGCCGCAGGAGCAGUCAUGCAUAAGUGUGUGGUGCACUUCAUACCUAAAAAA